UUUCUCCUUCCUCUCCAGGCCCUAAACCUGCCGCCCCUUCUCCUUUCCUCUCCCAUCCCUAAAUCCAUCGCCCUUCACGACUCGUAGCGAACCAGUCGCGGGGAGGGAGAGAGAUAGCCAACAGAGACCACAAGCGUAGGAGCAACCAGGGGGGAUUAGCAACGGAGGUCGCAUUAUCCAGAGGACGAUGAUGAAAAAUCCCCAGAUGGAGGGGCUUUAACCGUCCUCCUUGGAUAGCUUCAAAUCCAUGGAGAACGAUGAUGGAGUUUCUUUGGAAAGUGGCGAAAGAAGUCCUCUGCUGGAUAAGAGUUGUGGCAAGGAAGCUGCAAUUUUUGGCAAAUUCACGUCCCCUGAACCAUCAUUUAUAAGAGAAGAAUACUCUUGGAAGACAUACGUUCAUACUUUUGGUGUCUCCUACAACAUCAAGAGGCUGAAACAGCAACAACUUGUUCUCGAGAAGUUGGCUGGAUUACUGACUAAUAAACAGUUGGCAAACAUGGAUACAAUAAAUACUGGUGGAAUUGGAGCUGAAGACAGAAAGAUUGAUGAGGACAAACAAAACAUGAAAGGCUUCUUCCUAAUGAAAUCUUUGCUACACAAACAAGUAAAAAGAUACCAGACACUGGAAGAGAAGACUGAUGACUUGUGCAAUAAAAUGGAGGACAACUACCAGUUAGGAAGCAGAAAAGCCUCACAAGGUGUUAGAACAAAGGAGCAAUCUGAGACACUUAUGUGCUAUCUAGAAGAAACAUUUGAACUACAAAAGUGUGUUGUGGCAACAGUACAGAAGUUCACAGAAAUGCAGUCCAAAACUAAUUCUAUCUUUUCUGGAGCUGAUGCACAUGAUAAAUCUAUAGGCUUCAACUUGAGGCAGUUUGCUGAUAUCAUUAGAACUUCAAAGGAACAGCUCUAAGAUUCACAACUCUAAGUUCACAUGAUAAAUCUAUACCAAAUUUUAGUGAGUUGUGUCAAUUUUCUAAUC